GUACGUGGCCGAGCGAAGUUUCACCUAGCAGCGCCUUCCCUCUCGCUCGCACACCAGCCCGGAAGCGCAGAGCUCCUGGCCUCGUCUUCCGAGGGGCUCUCUCGUGGGAAGAGAGAAGGCUGCGCCCAGACGCUGAAAAAGUUCCUCGGAACUCCGGAACGUUGCUGAACUAGGAGAGGCGCUUCAGCGGCUCUCGCGUUAACUGGGUUCAUCAUCCUGCCUUAUUUUGUGUUCCUUACCGAGUAACAGAAUUGUUUACUGGAUGUUAGCCAUUCAUCCAACUGAACCAACAGCAAGCUCCAUUUGUAGGUAACUUCAGCAAGAUAGAAGAUGCCCCAUUCUGGGAAAUUUCAUCAAGAUAGAGGCUGCAUUCCCAGGGAGACCCCCAAUUACUUUGAUAAAAGAAGUAGGCAACCACAUUCAUCAGAUGGAAGGUUGUCACGAGGAGCAGCUGAACAUUCAAGAACUUCCUGUGAUUUUGCAGAGCCUGAGCAGAACCACCUAGGAGCAAGGCAUGGUUAUAACAAUUCCCCCCCUCCACACUAUCCUCCCAAAAAUACUUUUUCAGAGAAAUGCUCAAACCUGUGCUCCCGAAGAGGAGUCUUACAGUUUGUCGAAGUCACUGUCAACAUUUUGGUGCUGAUCUGUAUUGGAGCAAGCCAGGCCGGUGUCUCUGGAUUCAGUUCCCUGGGAGGCCUAGGCUCUUUCAACAUCAACUCAAUGUAUAGCCCGUUUGAAGGGACUGAACUCCAAGAGGUGACGGAGCUGGACAUGCAGUACAGCCAGAUGAGAGCCCCUUGUGUGUAUGGAGGGGUGGCUUUCAGUCUGACAAUGAUGUGCCUUACGCUUCUUUUCCUUGUCAGGGGAGGAAAGCCCAUUCAUCGCCUUUCCCUUGGACUGCUUGCUGCUGAGUGUCUCUUUGACAUCCUCGCUUGCCUUGGUUAUAUAGUGGCUGUUGGGCUCUACCUCCACUUUGUCAUUCAAGUCAAUUCCACGGAUAUGUGCCUAAGGAGAGAAAGGCUUUACGCACGGCGAGGUUAUACCUCAGUGAACUGCAGCGUGCAAGGCGGGGAUGCAUCUGUGGCUCUCUUUGGCCUGGUGGCUGCUUGCCUGUAUUUUGGAAGCUUUGUGGUCUGCAUUCUCACCAUUCGGGAUGUCCGGAAGUUUCAGAAACAACAGGACAACAGUCGCUAUCAUCUUGAGAGAACCUACAAGGAAGAAGACCACCCAAAGCCCUAUAAGAGCCCAGAAAACACAUACACUGCAACAACUUUUGGCACACUUGUGUAAUCUAUGUCAGGUAUCUCAAAGAAGCAAAGCUAAAAAAAGGAGUUUUCUGCGCAUAGAGGGUGGUUGUGCAAUACAAUAUCAAAGAUGUAUCUUAAAAAUUAUUCUUGUCAGAAUAAUAAAAUAUCUUUAUGGGAAAAG